GGUCACAACGAAAGCGCUUGUGCGCACGCUUCGAUUAUCGAUUGAAACGUUACGUUUCUUCAAUUCGUACGCUGGAUCUCAUUUAUGUGAACGCAGCGGCUGUGAGUGUUCGUGGUAUGACUUUCUCGCAGUAGGCCAGCGGCUGACAUCUCUGGUUUAUGGUUCGUGCGUGAUCGCGAGUUUUGUAAAAAAUGUGGUGAAAUUCGAUGUGCAGCAACGUGCCUUCGUGAAAUCGGCCAUUUUGGUAGUGCGUGUUUCACGAAAACGGAUAGGAUCAUCUCUGGCAGCUACCCUCGACGGUUGUGCGUGGAAGUGGUGGCAGCUCGGUGUCGCCCACAGGACACAGCCGUAAAACUGAAAACGAUCGUGUUCUUGGGCCAGUGAGAGAACAGCCUCAACAAAAUGGCAGGGAACGUGGGUAUGGAACAAUUGAUUCCGAUCGUGAACAAGCUCCAAGAUGCAUUUACACAACUUGGGGUGCACAUGCAGCUCGAUUUACCACAGAUUGCGGUGGUAGGUGGUCAGAGCGCAGGAAAAAGUUCCGUUCUCGAAAAUUUUGUCGGAAAAGACUUCUUACCUAGAGGAUCUGGUAUUGUAACCAGACGACCACUUAUCUUACAACUGAUUAAUAGUACAACUGAAUUUGCUGAGUUUUUACAUUGUAAAGGUAAAAAGUUUGUGGAUUUUGAUGAAGUACGGAAGGAAAUUGAAGCUGAAACAGACAGAGUUACAGGCAGCAAUAAGGGCAUUUCUAAUAUACCAAUAAAUUUAAGAGUAUAUUCGCCUAAUGUUCUAAACUUGACAUUGAUUGAUUUACCUGGCCUCACAAAAGUACCAAUUGGAGAUCAACCAGCAGAUAUAGAAGCUCAAAUUAAAGGCAUGAUUUUUCAGUUUAUUAAAAGAGAAAAUUGUCUUAUAUUGGCAGUAACGCCAGCAAAUACUGAUUUGGCAAACAGUGAUGCUCUUAAACUUGCUAAAGAAGUAGAUCCUCAAGGUGUUCGUACAAUUGGUGUUAUUACAAAAUUGGAUCUUAUGGAUGACGGUACUGAUGCAAGAGAUAUUUUGGAAAAUAAAUUAUUACCUCUAAGACGUGGCUAUAUAGGUGUUGUUAAUAGAAGUCAAAAAGACAUAGAAGGUCGAAAAGAUAUAAAAAAUGCUCUAGCGGCAGAAAGAAAAUUUUUCUUGAGCCAUCCAUCUUAUCGACACUUGGCAGAUAGAUUAGGAACACCAUAUUUGCAACGUGUUUUAAAUCAGCAAUUAACAAAUCAUAUCAGGGAUACUUUACCAGCACUAAGAGAUAGAUUACAAAAACAAUUACUUACAUUGGAGAAGGAUGUGGAACAGUACAAACAUUUCAGACCUGAUGAUCCUGCCAUAAAAACUAAAGCUAUGUUGCAGAUGAUACAACAACUUCAGUCAGAUUUUGAAAGGACUAUAGAAGGUUCAGGAUCUGCACAAAUCAAUACAAUGGAGCUUAGUGGAGGUGCUAAAAUAAACAGAUUAUUCCAUGAACGUUUUCCAUUUGAAAUAGUUAAAAUGGAAUUUGAUGAAAAAGAAUUGAGAAGAGAAAUUGCUUUUGCGAUUAGGAAUAUUCAUGGUAUCAGAGUAGGUUUGUUUACUCCUGAUAUGGCCUUUGAGGCAAUAGUCAAGAAACAAAUCAAUAGACUCAAAGAACCUAGUCUGAAGUGUGUGGAUUUAGUUGUACAGGAACUCAGUAAUGUUGUACGCAUUUGUACUGACAGGAUGUCACGUUAUCCUAGAUUAAGAGAAGAAACGGAACGUAUUAUAACUACUUAUGUCAGACAACGAGAACAAUUGUGUAAAGAACAAUUGAUACUCUUGGUUGAUUGUGAACUUGCUUAUAUGAAUACAAAUCACGAAGAUUUUAUUGGUUUUGCCAACGCGGCAGCCAGUAGCCAUAACGCAAGUGCUCAACAGUCUUCAGAAAAUGCUGUAAAAUCUGGUCGUCAUACACUAGGCAAUCAAGUAAUACGUAAAGGAUACAUGUGUAUCCACAAUCUUGGCAUAAUGAAAGGUGGUUCAAGAGAUUAUUGGUUUGUCUUAACGUCAGAGAGUAUUUCUUGGUUCAAAGAUGAAGAAGAACGCGAGAAGAAGUACAUGUUACCUUUAGAUGGAUUGAAAUUACGCGAUUUGGAACAAGGAUUCAUGUCCCGACGUCAUUUGUUUGCUUUGUUUAAUCCAGAAGGCAGAAAUGUUUAUAAGGAUUAUAAACAGCUUGAAUUAAGUUGUGAGACUCAAGAUGAUGUUGAUUCAUGGAAAGCUUCUUUCCUCAGGGCUGGUGUAUAUCCCGAAAAAUCAACAGAGCAAGCAAAUGGUGAAGGAGAGGAAGGAUAUGAGGGUGGAUCAGAAGCUCAGUCAUCAAUGGAUCCUCAGCUUGAACGUCAAGUGGAAACUAUUAGAAAUCUGGUGGAUUCGUACAUGAAAAUUGUUACAAAAACAACUCGUGAUCUGGUUCCAAAGACAAUUAUGCAUUUGAUUAUUAACAAUGCAAAGGACUUCAUUAAUGGAGAGUUAUUGGCACAUCUAUACGCAAGUGGUGAUCAGGCUUCAAUGAUGGAGGAGUCACCAGAAGAAGCACAAAAACGAGAAGAAAUGUUACGUAUGUAUCAUGCAUGCAAGGAGGCACUUCGUAUUAUUGGAGAUGUUUCGAUGGCGACAGUGUCUACUCCAGUACCACCACCUGUGAAAAAUGAUUGGUUAGCAUCUGGCGAAAAUCCAAGUCUUGGGUUAUCACCACCAUCUCCUGGUGGACCAAGACGCGGAGUGACACAGCCACCACCUCUUUCUAGCUCUCGAGCUCCACCUCCGGUCCCGACGGGUGGUCGACCAGCACCGGCUAUUCCUAACCGGCCUGGACCUGGUGGACCUCCGCCAGCCCGUUCUACACCUGGCCUACCUCCUCCUCUUAUACCAUCGCGCCGACAAUAAGUCUUCGCACUAACUCGCCUAUUCGCUACUAAUUAAUAUACAUAUAUAUAUAUAUAUAUAUCAAUUGCAUCUAGCCAGUGUAUAUUUUACACGAGAUACAAUUUCCUAAUGCUAUAUGUUUUGUCUGCAAAUAUUACGAAUUAUUAUUGUUAAUUAGGGGUGUGUAAAUUGUACAAAAAUAACCAAUGACAGAUUAAAGAAAGCUUCCAACAACUUUGAUGAGCAAUUUAUCUCAUAUUACACGUUAUACUCUGUAUAUCAGUAAUAUAUCAAAUUAUUUCGUGGUCCAAUUAUUUCGUAAAAAUGACCAAGAGAUUAUUGUCCGUAUUUUUUUUAUCGACUUCAUUUUAUUUUAGACAAUAUUGUAAAGCAUAGUGUUCUAAACUCGCCCUAGACAAAUUUCUAUAAAUUUGCAAUUCAUCAAUUCGAUAAAUUCAUUACAAAAUUGCACACCUCUAAUUAACAGACUAAAUAUCUACGAUAUAUCUACGAUAUAUCUAAUUGGUAUUAGUGGCAAAAAAAAAAAAAAAAGAAGAAAUAAUAUGUAGAGAAUAAAUCACAGCUCAUUCGCGACGAACAAAAGAGGUAGAACGACGUUUGUUUCAUUGUAAAUUAGUUGAAUGAAAUUGUACAUGAUGCCUGUAUAUACAACUAAAGACGUUGUAAAAUAAAUGAUCUUGAGUUCUUAUCACAGAUGGUGGAUAAGUAUUCAUUCGCUUUACUAACAGCAUGACAUUUUAAUUGCCUCGUAAACGAAAUACAUCUUCAAUAAACUCGUGGAACAACGUUUCGAUGGGUGUAAAGACUUGUAUGAGAGAAUGUGAUAUAUAAGUACAAUACGCAAUAAGUUUCGUAAUAACGUGUUGCAUUUGAUGAUAGCUUCUGAAACUCUCUUAAUAUCGCUGCUUUCCUGCCAUUGUCGAUUCGAUAAAU